AUGUGCGGACUCCUUCUAGUGAUCACAGUUUUAUUUGGUUUAUCUGAAUUUUACAGGUUGGAACCCACAUCGUCCUGCCUUCGUGUUGAGCUCGUUGUAACGGCUGAACCCACGUUCGCUUUCUUGAGCACUCGCUCAACAGUGAAGCAUUUCAUAGAUAGCAUACAUCUGCCUCGUUCUGCAAAGCACACAUGUGCACAAAUCGGAUGGCACUUCAUAUACUGGGAUUUUCUUCAGCUAGCAUGA